AUGGCUACUUUCUUCCAGAGCGUUCGUCAAGGCUUUGGCCGCGGAGGGAACAACAAGAACGCCAACCAACCCAAAAUGAACGCUGGCCAGGGCCAACAAGUCGCACAAGCGCAACAGACUGUGCCUGGUGCACAGGGUCUUCACAACUCGCCUUCGAUUGCAUCGAACCUGUCUGCCGACAUCGUAUCCAAUAAUGAAGACGCUCCCAAGUACUUCUUUCAGGAGAAGUACGCUCCGUUGAACGUGAAGGGAAACUUUUUGACGCUCUGCGCUUGUCCGAAGAAUGUCGAAUUGGGAGAAUGGCUUGCUCACCAAAUCGUUGAGCAAUAUCGACUACUACACGGCAUGCUGCAAGUCAUUCAGGAGGUCAACACAGUGAACGGAUAUCCAAUUUGCAAUGAAAGCACAUGUCCAACGAUGUCCGCUGGUCGAUUGACCUAUACCUGGCUUGUCGACGGCCGGGCAGCAAAAAUCUCCGCACCCAAGUUCAUCAACCGAGUUGAAAAAUGGAUAGUGAGCAAGAUUCACGACCCGGUCAUGUUCCCUACGGAUCCCGUUCAAGGAGCCCCUCAUACAUUUGCAUCUGGGGAUGUCUCAACCCCCCCUGCAACUACACCGAUCGCGGCAGGUCCCACCAACUUGAAUGCAUCCUUGACUACCCUUGCUGGUCAGGAUUGGAUUGGCAAAUCCAGCGGGUUUCCUCCUACCUUCUACAAGGAUUGUCAAGGGAUUAUGAAGCAGAUGUUCCGUUGCUACGCUCACCUGUACCAUGGACACUGGCUUGAUCCUUUCUGGCAUAUCAACCGCCACGAAAUGCUGAACAUGUGUUUCGUGCACUUCGUCACCGUUGCCAAAUACUACAAGCUGGUGGCCGACAAGGAAAUGGAGCCGAUGCAGCCUCUUAUCGAUCUCUAUAUGAAACAGGAGAAAAUUCCUCCCGAAGCUAUUGCUGGCCACUGGGCGUCUCAAGAAGCCGCUGCUGCUGGCACGCCGGCUCCUGCAGCCAAUGCACCUCCUUCUUAG